AUGACGACGCAAACAAGAAACGACGGAAGAAGUAACGCGAUGCUUGGUAGCAUGGUGUCCAACGACAAAUUCUGCGGAAUUACAAAAUUCAGUGGAGAAGAUAAGACGUAUUCUUCGGCGAAGUGGGCCGCCGAUAUUGAAGAUAAUGCCAAGAUAUUCGGAUGGAGUGCCCGGCAGAAACUCAUUGUCGCUCGACAAUCGCUCGUUGGUACGGCUCAGUUGUGGCUGAGAUCGGAGGAGACGUACAAAACAUUUGAAGAACUAAAUGCCGCCUUACAAAACGAAUUUCCUGAUGAAUUAAAUUUAAAUAGCAAGGAAAUGCACGAGCAUAGAUACCCAGAAGAAGAAAAUGACAGCCAUAGACACAAUUCAUGUGAAGAAGAACCAGAAGAACAGAGUGACAGCCAAGAAAUAUCAAUGUCAAACAGCUUUGAAGACGAUGUAAACAAACAAAGUUUGCAUAAUGAAAAGGAGAAACUGAUGAACAUUUGCAAAAAAUCUUCCUCUGGUGUUGGUGACAAGAAGAAUGACAAGGAAGAUGAUAAAGUUUAUAAAUCAAGUGAUACCGAGGCGAAGAAGGAUAAGAAGGCGAGUGACACGUGUGAGAAGAAAGAUAAGAAGAGAAGCGAAAUUCGAGAUAAAAAAGAUGAAAAGAAAGAAGGAAAAGAAGAUGAAAAGAAAGAAGACAAGAAUGAAGAAAAGAAAGGAAGUGAUAUUGGGGGAAAGAAAGAUAAAAGUGAUGAUGAACGAAUGAUGACGAAUAGAGGAACUUGCGUGUGA